AACCAUUAAGACAACCCACAGAUGACCAUAUAUUUUUUCUCCUUUUCACUUAAACAGUACCAUGCACACAACAUUUAACUAUAGCUAAUUAUAUAAUUAAUUACAGCAAUAAUAACAAUAAUAUAUAAAUAACCAUUAACCCACCUUUGUUGGUUUCUAGGAAUCUAGGGUAUAGCUCUCUUCGAUCUCUAGUCUCUCUUCAUCUCUCCCUUAUAUAUAUUCACAUAUCUCUUCCCUUAUUCCACACACCCCUUAUAUAUAUAAAAGAAAGAGCUUUAUAGUACUACUACUAGUAGUAUAGUUAAUAAUCAUGGCUACGAAAUAUGACCAUUUCCCGACAGUUUCAAUCUCAAAAACCGUGUUUGUAUACCCAAAAAUCUUAAACCCUCAAAAAGUUCUGAACCUCUCAAACUUGGACAGGCAGUGUCCAACUCUUAUGUAUUUAUGCUUCUUUUACAAUGAUCCAAAUUUGUUCUGUGAUGACUAUAAAUCAAGUAAUGAUGUUUUUCAUAGCUUGAAAUCUGGUUUGGAGGAGACCUUGUCGAUUUGGUACCCGGCUGCGGGCAGGCUGAGCUUGAACCCGAAUGAUGGCAACCUCAAUCUUUGGUGUAAUAAUAAAGGUGCAGUUCUUGUGGAGGCCACGACCCAGGCCAAGAUCUCGGACCUUGGAGAUCUCACUCAGCAUAGCCAGUUUUAUGAGAAGUUGGUUUUCAAGCCUGAUUCUAAUGCCAAUGAUUUCUCUCAGAUGCCACUGGUUGUUGCUCAGGUGACGAAGUUUGGUUGUGGAGGAUACUCAAUAGUAAUCGGUACGAGUCACUCGCUGUUCGACGGACCAUCGGCGUACAGUUUUCUGAGCGCUUGGGCUUCUAACUCUGCCAUAACCAAACAAAACAAGGCUCAUCAUCAUCAUCAUCAACAACAACUAUUCAUAAAGCCAGUGCAUGAAAGAGCUACGUUGCUAACGUUGGCAAACAAUAAUAUUAAUAAAAAUCAACAGGGACGGCAGACCAAUAGGGCUUCUGGUUCUACCACUGUCACGAGUACUACUAACGGCGCUGCAGCCAUAGAUCAUCUAGUUCGAUUGAUAAUCCAAGCAGCUUCUGCGCCACCUGCAGGAAUUAAUAAUACCAAUACUACUAACACUUUCGUGUUUAAGACCUUUCAUCUAACUUCGUCUCUCAUAGAAAGUUUGAAGAGACAAGUUUUCAAGGAUGCUCCUGGAUUUUCUUGUUCAUCUUUUGAGCUUCUUGCAGCUCUCUUGUGGAAGGCAAGGACCAAGGCAAUGGGACUGAGGAAGGAAGCAACGGUGUGCUUGCAGUUCGCAGUGGACACUCGGAACAAAGUGGUGCCACCACUGCCGGCUGGCUUCAGUGGCAACGCAUACGUGCUCGCCUCCGUGGCAUUGGCGGCGGGAGAAUUGGAAAGGGUUAGCCACAAGGCCAUUGUUGAGAAGAUAAGAGAAGCAAAGGAGUCAGUCAACAAUGACUACGUUAACUCGUACAUGGAGAGCCUUCAAAGCCCUCAGCAGCAGCGGUCUUCAUUGCCUCCUCUCAAGGAGCUAACUCUAGUCUCUGACUGGACACGAAUGCCAUUUCACAACAUCCAUUUCUUUCCCACCAAACCUGCCUAUGUUUCCCCGCUCUUUCCUCCAAUUCCUCAGGUUGCUUAUUUCAUUCAGAAUCCUGACGAUGAUCGCGCCGUCGAUGUUAGGAUCGGACUCCUGCCGGGGAAUCUAGACGCCUUCUGCUCCUACUUCCUUGCCGCAAUCGCCAUUGCUCGGUGAAAAUAGAAAACACCUUUAUUGGCUAGUUAUGUUUAGAAGAAGAGAAUGGCGAAUAUCUGUGUAAUAAAAAAAAAAGACUUUAAUUUUGAUUUGCUUUCUUGGGUUGCAAGAGAGACUUGAAUAAUUAGAUGAUCUGGGGAAACAGAUCAUUAGGAGAUAAUUAUAUACAUAUUUUGUUGGUGAUAAUGAUUUCUUGAUCAUUCUGAGUUGUCUAAUAAUAAAACUCAUGUGAGAUAAUAUAAUAUUAUAUGAAGAAAGGGUUUGUCGUU